GAUUUCAUGAAGUCGGCGGGUGUAUUCGGCGGGAAAGCGCAGGCCGGCGCUCUUGGAUUGCUUGCGAAGGGGCGGAAUCGGUUGGCUGGUGGUUCGGAGAGGAGUGGGAGUGGUGGAGCUGGGAAUGCGGGCGGAAAGGUCUCUUCUUCCUCUCCAGUGCAGUCCAGUCCUCUAUCCGCUGCUGCCAGCGCCAAUGCCAACGCCAUUCCCAAUCGGAACGUCUCAACGCCGACCUCUGCGUCUACGUCUACCGCGGGCAUUGCUCCGUCUAACACCAAUACGCCCGUGACAUCUUCCUCGCGAAAAGAUCAUUUGCUUGCGUCUCCCCUCUCUUCCCAUCCUCCCACAAUCUCGACUACAGACCUAGCUCUGGUGCCUGUACAUUCCUCUGACCUCCCGUCCCAUCAAUCUGCCCGUGAGGCAGAAAACGUGGAUCCUCGCGCCUCCGUGUCGAGCAUUCCGAAUGCUGUAACGGAGACUGCUUCUUCGUCUCGCGAUGACCUUCGAAGACGGAGCUUGCUUGGUGCGUUUCGGAGAAGAUCGGCGGACAUCAGGAACCUGGAGGCGGAGUCCUUGGCCGAGAGUGCGAAGUCUUCGUUGAAAGGAAAUGACCAGGACGGGCAAAAUGGGCUGCGGAGCGAUUCGCUCGAUGCGGGUGAGCUUGCAGUGCUCGCGGCGGCUGCUAGAGUGGUAGAGGACGCUGGUGGCGAGACCACUGUCGAUGGCAACGGACGAGGUGAAUCUUCGCUUGAGAAAGUGACGACACAAGAGAGUGUGCACGGGUCUUUCGAGACGGCCGCGGAAAAUGCCACGGUGCCUGCCCGAAGAACCACCUUUGAUGCCACUUCCGAUGCCGACCGAGGUCGUCAGUCCGUCACAGAUAUGCCACGCCCUGCUCGCGCACUGACGACCAUCGUCGGCGGCCGCCUCAAGUCCGAGAACUCAACUUCGCGCUCUCCACAUGGCGCUGGACGACGAUCUCGGCCUACGAGUGAAAUUAUGGAGAAAGGAUUCCUUAGCAAGCUGAAGAAUUUCUCCCGAAGAAUCAGUCUCGUGGCACCCGACGACAAGAAGUCGCAAGAAGAACUCGGAACUGUUCCUGCAGCCGAACCUGGUCUCGUCCGGACAGACAGCGAUGGAAUCAUCGGGUCCAUGUCCCUAGAUGGCUGGGAUCAAGAUGUCGAAUCCAAAUCAGAACAAAAUCGCCUGAGCCGCAUCGGCGCACCCAUCCUCCCCUCCGCCGCCGACAACAACACAGCGCCGCCAUUUGAGAACGCACGCGAAACGACCCCUGCGCACACACCCUCCGGCAAACCCAUAAGAGUCGCCCCUCCAAUCCCCAUGAACCCUCCGCGCCGAUUCGAAUCAUGGGAUGCCCCCGAUGCGGAUCUCCCACCGCGCACGCCACGCAACAAUUCUGCGACUAGUGCGCUCCUUGCCGGUGCGCGUCUGGGGAUCCUGCCUAGUCCUGCGACGACGAUGCAUGAAGGUUCUAGUCCGAUCAAGAGAGCCCUACACUCUAGUGGUGGUGAGGAUCGCGCGAGAGCGAAGGAACUCGGAGGUCUGCCGGAUGUCAACGAGGGAGAAGCCGGUGAAAGCGUUGACCGUGUUGGCGAGCGCAAAUUUGGAAAUCGGCUUGUUGAGGAACAGAGCGAAAAUGUCGCCAAUGUUGCUCCUGUUGUUCCUUCUCCAGAGGCCGAAGGAGCGAAAUCUGCCGUUGUCACGCAUGCACGAAGGACGAGCGAUCUUACAACUUUGCCUAGUCAGCGACGUACGGCGCCGAACUCGCCUGCGAUGGAGACAAGCGAAUCCCUCGCACGUGUUUUGGCGCAGUUGAGGGAUUCUCAAGGGCGGGACCUUACCACUACUCCUCCCCGCCGUGACAAUGACGGUCAACAGGAAAUGACGGCUCCAGUUGCCGAGACAUCAGCGUCGAGAGAGUCUCCUGUAAAAACGAUGGUGCCGAUAAUGGUAGCUUCGUCGCCACCUCGUGGUGUGUUCGGCGAGACGAUGGCCGAAAGUCCGGUUGCAGUCGAUGCUACGCGCAAGGAAUCCGGUUUUCCAGACGCGCCAGUCUCCCCUACAGUCAGCAAUACUAUUGAUGCAAGAAGCGACAACGUUUCUCCACCUGCUGAUGUCAAGAUUGCUACGCUGGCUCCAGACGGCGACAAUCUGGACAGAAUUGUCUCGCGCGACUCCCCAGUAUCUAGCCUUGGAGAGCCUUCUCCUCCCGCUGAGGAGAAGAUACCUCCACUUGCGCUGGAGGACACACGUCAGACCGGCAACCUCGCACAGCUGAAGGAGGUGCAAGCGUAUCCGCCCCCUGCAGCGCAGCCAAACCAACAAUAUGUACGAAACCCUGCCGCAAUCGUCCGUCCGUCUAUGCCUGAUCGGCCGAUGUCAUUUGCACCGCAGCCUCGUGAUGCCAACGGCCGUUUGAUUCCAGAGCAGAUCAACACGACUCGGACUUUCCACGAUCGCGAUCCCGAGACGCCAGCUCCGAAUGUUGAUCUAUCAGACCUCACUGGCCCACCUGUCGGAAGCCCACCAUUUCAACAGCAUCCUGCACUCCGAGGGACCGCUCCAACUGCCAUGGGAAGCGAAUAUGCCGAUCUCCGCUCUUCAAAUGCAGCAUCGGGCAUCAGCCCGAACGAGCCUGGGCGGGAUCCUGCACAGCGGUCACAAUCGGGAUUCUUCCGUAGUCGUGCAUCGUCGUCUGGUCCCAACACACUCGCUGCGGCUAGCAAUAUCUCGGAUCUUCAUGGUCUUGAGGAUGUGCAUGCCGCCCAAUUUACUGAAGUCGAUAUCGAUGCCGAGCCCACUGCGCAGGGAAAGCCUUCCAAGCAACAGCGAAAUAGUAUGUGGAAGUCCCUCGGCACAAAGCGUGGAUCGGAGCAAGGCAGAGCGGACGCCGCGCCGGAAGGUGUCUCAGGAACCGAGCUGCGCCAGAAUUCGGCUGACGCGAGCAAACCUCUUGAUGAGGCGCCUCGGCCGAAUACAUUGAAGAAACUGCAGCGCACGUCUUCUUCGCCAGCGACAUCUCAGGUCGAUCUCAAGCCCAAUAAAAAGCGCUUCUCUGGCUUCGGCGCACUAUUCGGACGCUCAGAUGCCGCCAAGGACGUGGUUUCAUCCAAGCCAAAGUCCAAUCGCUUGACCAAGCGGGACACCAGACAGGAUUCAGGUUCCCAGGAUGUCCUACCCAGCGGCACUGUUGUGGGCCACGUUGACAACUAUCGAGCAUUCGAGGCUUUGCAGCGGCAGAACUCGGAUGAUGUGUCUGCUAUGCAGGGCAAACAAGUCCCAAGACGAUCGGAGAGUAAUGAUCAAACUUUACCUGUUCCCGACGGUUGGUUCGAUGCGAAUCCUCUUCCUGAGCAGCAAGGGCCUGUGCGUGCGCAAUCGACAACACGACCUGGCUAUCGCCAAACGUACACUGGAGGCUCGAGUACUCUGGAGGGCAUUCCUGAGGCGUUCCGACCCGUGAGUGCCUCUUUCGUUGGAUCGGUGGAUCCCAUCGGGCCUCCCGUUGAAUCUCCACAGCCGGCACAAGGCGCUUUCGCCAGCACUAGCAACCCCAUCAUCAACACGCGACCUGUGCCGUCUCAAGCUGCGCAAGCUCAACGAAUCAGCCCUGAGCAGUAUCAGCAGCAAUAUGAUUACUUUCAGGGUCUGCAGCAGGCUCCACCGGCAGGCGCCGAGAGGACUCAAAGCGGUGCUCAGAGUUUGGACAUUCCCCGAGGUCAAGCGCAGUAUGAGUAUGAGUAUGGACCGGAGGAUCAGCAUGCGGAUCAUCAAGGCUAUAACGAAGCAUCCGCACGUCAGCAAGCACCCUGGGCCAUUGCGUUACCCUCUGGCGCGCCGCAGAAUGGACAGGCACGUCCUGGAUGGCAGGGCCGUCCAGAGAGUUAUGUUCAAACACCGGCAGAGUUCUACCGUCGAGGUCCACCCGAGGGUCUGACUUCCCCAGCCCGAGUCUCGCCUGGCGAGUAUCCUACCUAUGUCGAUGAAAGGUCGCAAGGUCCUGUAGACUAUUCUCAGUCGCAAACCAACCAAACCUCUGCCUACCAACAACUUCGGCAGAGCCAACAACACUACCCACAGCAACAACCAAAACAACAAUAUUACCAGCAACGUCAGCAACCACCGGCUCGCGACUAUCAGCAGCAAAUUCGCCGCACACAGCCCUCACAGGACUACUACGCUCCUUCACACGCCUCCCUCGCGCAACAACAGCGCUUCUACGCCAGCAACACCAACGACUACGAUCCAAUCUACGAUCAUGCUCCCAUGUACACCCAAGAAAAUCGCCCUCCAGCACCACCCCGCCAGCCCAGUGGAGGACGAAUCUACCACGACCCUACCCACCACCAUCGCACAGCAGGUUUCCCAGAACACGGUGCUCCACCGUUUCGAAGAAAUACCAGCGAUGAAGUGGUUCCUAUGCGAGGCGCGAGUUAUCCUGGCCAGGAAUGGGAGCCCUCGCCGCCGCCGAUGGCAGAGGGGAGAUACCCACAUUCUGGGAGGAUGACGGGAGGCGAACAUGAAUGGAGAGGUUAGGCACCUUUGUAAGACUUUUCGGAAUAGAGAUUUGUUUUCACAUGCCGCGUUUACCGGCAUUUUCUUUUUGAUUGGGCGUGUAUUGGAUGGAUAAAGAUGUGUUUUGUAAGAUGAAUGGCGUUUCUUCUAUUUUUCGAUUCAAGGUGCGACAAGGGGUCGUUUGCUCACCGGGCGACUACAGCCUUUCGAGAUUGGUGCACUGGUAUAUACUUGAGCGAGUCUACAAUAUAGAACGAAACCCUCAGUCCGAAAUU